AUGAUGGACGAGGAUCAGCCCAAAACCCUGUAUGUUGGGAAUCUCUCUCGGGAUGUUACAGAAGCCCUGAUCUUGGAGUUAUUUGGUCAGAUUGGGCCUUGCAAGAGCUGUAAAAUGAUUGUAGAUACGGCCGGUCACGACCCUUACUGCUUUGUGGAGUUUUAUGAGCAUAGACAUGCUACCGCCACAAUCUCUGCUAUGAACGGGCGGAAAAUACUGGGAAAGGAAGUCAAAGUAAACUGGGCAACUACACCGACGAGUCAAAAGAAAGACACAAGCAGUCAUUUCCAUGUUUUUGUCGGCGAUUUAAGUCCAGAGAUAACAACAGAGGACAUCAAAGCCGCAUUUGCUCCAUUUGGGAAAAUAACAGAUUGUCGGGUUGUCAAAGAUAUUGCUACAGGAAAAUCCAAAGGCUAUGGCUUCGUCUCAUUCUUCAAUAAAUGGGAUGCUGAAAAUGCCAUUCAGCAGAUGGGAGGACAAUGGCUGGGAGGAAGACAGAUUAGGACUAACUGGGCCACAAGAAAGCCGUCUCCAAAAACUACAAAUGAAAGUAAGUUUUUGAAAUGA